CCCGAAUUUUUGGCCUUUCCCUUCCACUCGGCGGCGCCCCUCAGAAAGGGGCGCAGCCUUGAGCACCAUGCUCCGCCGGUUCGUGGAGAUCAGGUUGGCGGGACCCGCCGCCGUUAACGCUAGGAAUCGGGCUCCCGAUCGCGUUGGAUCCGCGUUUCUGAAUCCGUACCGCCGGAAUUUAAUUCCUCUCUCUUCGAUGAUGACAGCAGGAGCCUGCAGACAGAGAACAUUUGAUGCAUUGCUAUUGGAUGCUGGAGGAACACUUCUACAGACUGCUUCUCCGGUUGCAGAGACAUAUGCAGCAAUUGGCAAAAAAUAUGGGAUCAAGACAAAUGCAAGUGAAAUAAAAGAGGGAUUCAAGAGAGCUUUUUCAGCAUCUUGGCCAGAAAAGCUUCGAUAUCAGGCAGAUGGACGCCCAUUUUGGAGAUAUGUGGUUUCUGAAGCCACUGGUUGUUCAAACAACGAAUAUUUUGAAGAAGUCUAUGAGCACUUUGCACAGAGUGAUGCAUGGAGACUGCCAUCUGGAGCUUAUGAAGUGCUUCACAAUUUGAAAGAUGAUGGAGUUAAGUUGGCUGUUAUAUCAAACUUUGACACACGGUUGAGGAAACUAUUGGAGGGUCUAAAUAUUUCAAAUCUGUUUGAUGCUAUCAUAGUAUCUGCAGAAAUUGGAUAUGAGAAACCUGCAGCUGAAAUCUUCAGGGCUGCGUUAGAUCAACUUUGUGUAGAGGCUGGCAAAGCAGUUCAUGUUGGAGAUGACCUCAAAGCUGAUAAAUUUGGUGCAAAUGCUGUUGGCAUAAAUUGCUGGUUGUGGGGAACAGAAGUGAAAUCGUUUGAUGAGAUUUAUAAUCGGAUAAUGAAUGUGGCGGUUCAAAAGGAGUGACCUAAAAGAUACAAAGGCUUCGCUAGACAUGCAGAAUUUAUGUUAGCAGUGUCUUUUUUACUCUGGAAGGUACGAUUGAAAUGCUUGGAAAGCUGCGCAAGAGGAAAAAAGGACCUCUACUUUGCAGAACUUUGAGUAUCUGAAGGUUUCUCAACUUACAUCUAAUUUGCUCAGUGUCAGCUUGAGAAAGCAUUUGUUUUGAAGCUAAAACAUAAUCAUUGAUGACUCUUGUUGUUCCAUUGGAAAUAAGUGACCAGGCUUGUAAUAUUAUAAUAAUAAAUUUGCAUGUGCUCUUAAA